UUCUCUGAAUCACCAUUGCAUCCUGGAGCUGCUUUGCCACGGUAAGGUGCCUCCUCCUCUCUCCUACGUCCUACUACCAGCAGGAAAGGAACGAGAUGGUUAAGACUUCAGAGCAGCUAGCUGUUCACUUUAAUGCUGCGAUUUCUCUGGUUUUGGAUAUGAGUGCAUACAACAUCUUUCCUUGCUUUGAUUUGUCCCAGUCUCCCAUUUUUGUACUGGGUAGUUCUGCUAGAUUCACACCUUUUCUUUCUUCCUUCGAUUGCAGCUUUUCUGUGUUAUUUGCACUUUCAGUAGAAAGAUUGUGUCCAUGUUUUUGGUUUUCAAGCUAGGAACUUGCAAUAAGAGGGACAUAUACAUACUAUCUUUAUUACAAACUGCCAUAACAUGAAAAUGGUUUGCACUCUCUAGGAAGGAGAUCACUACUCCCUCCAAUACAUAUUGGUUUAGUACAAAGUUGGUACAAUGUUGUACUAAACCAACAUCAAUUAAUAUGGAUGGAGAAUUUUGUACUAAACCAGCAUCAAUUAAUAUGGAUCGGAGGGAGAACUUGCUUUGUUGAAUGUGCAACUGACAUAAGCUGCAUAUUUCACUUCAUAUGGCUGGACUAGCUUCCCAGAUGAAGAGAUCUUGUGACUGCUGCAAGAGAUAUGCUGACCAUUUGGAUGGAAGGAUGAAGUGUUUCUGCAGACGCAUGACUGCUAAUUUCAGACAUGGCAUGGCUAUACCGAACAAGUUCAUAGACCAUUUCGGUGGAAAGAUCUCAAGGACCAUCGAACUGGAAUCCCAUAACGGAAGCAUGUACACCGUUGAAGUCUCCAAGCUUAUGAACGAAACGGUCCUCCGGCGGCGUGGUUGGGAGGCGUUUGUCAAUGCGCAUUCCAUCGAGGAGAACGACUCGUUGCUGUUUCCCCACAUUGAGAAGUCGCUAUUCGAGGUCCUGGUGCUCGACUCUGAUGACUGUGAGAAAGUGCUUCCCUCUGCUGGCAUCAAAGUUGCUUCUUGUAAUGUUCAAGAAAGCAGCAGCGUGGAUUAUAUUGAUAUAUCAAGCAGCGUGGGUUAUAUUGAUAUAUCAAGCAGCUCGGGUGAUGAUACCACAAGAUCUCCGGGAAGCAAACGGUUUGCUACGUGUGAAAGAGGCGACUCAAGCCAUCCUAGAAAAACUGCCGUAAACGACUCCUCGUCUGAGGAGGAUUCAGGAGAAGACAGUGACGCGAAGGCAGAGGAACAUUCUGAAGAUGAAUCGUCUUUUGGGCUAGAUGAUGUACGUCAGACACCUUGCACAGGGCGCGACUAUGUCUUGUCCCUAAAUGCUCGUCUGUCUGGAGCUCAGGAGGAGAGAGUAACUAGGCUUCUCCAGGCUGUUCGAGCCAAGACUCCCGUGUUCGUGGCCAUCAUGAAAAUGAACACACGGAUUCAUACUACUGUGAUCCCCAAGCUUUUUGCAGAGGAGCACUUCCCGCGUGAAAGUCAGAACCUGACGCUGCAGCGGCCAGGCAAGAGCAAGAAGUGGCACCCAUGGUUUUACAUAAGGAAGAGUCAAUGUGGGCACGUCCUCACCGGGUCUCGCUGGGUAGGCUUCCUCCGUGACAAUGGCGUGCAGGAGGGAGAUCUCUGCGUCUUCCAACCAGUGAAGGGCACUGGCACCAGGAGCAAAUUCACAGUCCAUCUGCUUCACGAGCCCUUGGGUGCAAAUGGAAGUACUGGUCCGAAGAAAAGAGUAGGAAACACAAGGGUGAACUCGGCUGCCCCUGAAAGAUCAACCACUGCUCAUGGUCAUGGUGCAACAACAAUGGCAAAGGCGGCGCCACAUCCAGACGCCCCGACAACCCUCCGUGUCAACAAGGAGCAAGAUGAUGGGUGCAACCAUGGUCGUCAGCAAGCACGCCAACACCCAAAGCCGGCGCGUCCCUACGUAUUGUCAUCCACCGCACGCCUGACCGAGGAGCAGGAGAGGGAGGUGGACCGGACAGCCCGUGCCAUCGGGUCUUGGGUCCCCGCCUACGUCUCGGUGAUGAACAGGAGCAGCGUCGGCGUGGGCAACAGGAUCUACAACGUAAGCAUUUCCUGUGCGUAUGCUGCCGAGUAUCUUCCACCCGGGGAGCGGGUCGCCGUGACGCUCGUGAGGAGGAAGAAGGCGUGGGAGGUCGAGAUGCGCGCGCGCGGCGGCGGGCGAGCGCUGGCGCAUGGCUGGCGUGGUUUCGCCCGCGACAACCGGCUGCGGGUGCAGGACGUGUGCCUGUUCCAGCCCAUGGAGAAGAACCACGAGAGCCUUACCAUGACCGUCCACAUCGUCCGUCACAGCGGCAAGCGGAAGCAGUAGUCUCUCUUCUGUUUUAGCGCACCUUGUCGAUUUGCCGCUGGCAGUAGCUCUUCUGCUUGUAUUGUGUGAGCUUUUGGUGCUAGUGCUGGUCUGAAAACUUUGUUGGUGUAGUACUAUGGCCAGUGGAUACUCUCCAGAACCUGUGUUUAUGAUGGCUAACCAGCUGUGUGCUAUGCAAUUUAUCAAAAAUGUUAGGCUGGGCUUGUCACUUGUGGACCAUUGCGAGUAGUAACUGCGGUCAAUGCAGAU